AUGGCAAGCAAUGUUCAAGGCAAAAUGCUGUUAGUGGCCGCUUUUGAUUUUGGAACGACGUUCAGUGGCUAUGCUUUCUCUCUCCGAGAUGACCCGAACAAGAUUCAGACAAACUGGAAUUGGUAUGCAGGAGGUGGUGCUUCCUUGAAAACUCCUACAUCCGUCCUUCUAAAUCAGAAAGGAGAGUUUCAUUCAUUUGGUUUUGAGGCUGAAGAUUAUUAUACAUAUCUGGCUGAAGAUGGUGCACAUGACGACUGGAGGCUUUUUCGGAGGUUUAAGAUGGUCCUGCAUAGUAGUGAGCACUUGAUGAAAGACGUUACAGUGGAGGACGAUUGCGGCAAACAGAUGGAGGCAUUCCCGCUGUUUGUAAUGUCGAUCGAGUAUCUGAAAAAACAUCUUCUAACGCCGGUUGUCAAUCUAAAUGUAGGAAUCAAUGAGGCGGAUAUAGUGUAUGUGUUGACCAUCCCGGUUAUCUGGCAUGACAAUGCGAAGAGAUUUAUGAGGGAUGCAGCAGUUGAAGCUGGAAUCGACACAAGCCGCCUAAAACUGGCCUUAGAGCCGGAAUGUGCUUCAAUCUGGCGUGAGAAUACGGACACCAAGAACGAUGUAACGGUCAAGGAGCACACUAUAUGGUGGUCGAUCUCGGAUAUUGUAGGAGACAAUAGCGGGGAUGCGUCCAAACCUAAUUGCGCCUUUAACACGACGAGACCCGCGUCCGGAGGGACGAUCAGUCUCACGCCGGCUAAUUCAUUCCUGAUUCUCUCCUGA